GGUAGAAAUCUUAUGCAAACUUUAGCAUAUCACAAUGAGUGUCAAUCAAGAUUUGCAUUUCCCAGUCACACAUACCAACCAUGUUCCAUGGAAAUGAGGCCGAAUUUUCCCAACUGUUAGGAGCGUCACUAUAACCUCACCUUAACAUCCGUGGUUUUCAAACUUGAAGCUAUCUCUGAUUAAUUAGUUUGGUUAUGGAACGAGUGUUAGCAUGAUUCCCGGUACUUCGUUACCUACCAAUCUUAAGAAGACUAUCAAAACCUAAAGCCAACAAGUAUGAGCAGAGCACAUUGUAUAUUUUUUCUUCGUUCGCAUUUUAGCAAGAGUAUUCAUGUUAAACUAUUUUGCGCAGCCCGUUUUCCUCUUUUCUUCACUUCCCCAUUUUGGCCUCCAGCAUGAACGAAACGCAAUCUCUUAUAACGAGUUUCAACAAGACACCUUUGGUGCAGAUAUUUGUGUGGAUUCCAAUUACUUUCUCAGCUCUAGGAGUAUGUGUGCAUCUAGGUACGAAGUUUGCUAUUUCGGAGAAGUUUGAAUGGCAAGAUCAUUUCGUAAUGAUAUCAAUGGCAAGCGAAGCAAGGUCUGAUGGAAUUUUGAAGCGUUCUGACAGUUGACUUGUAGACUUUUUCCAUCGGCCAGACAAUUGCAGUUGCAAUUGAAUGUGCAAAUGGGCUUGGUAAAUUGAUCAACACACUGACAGACGGGCAAGUAGAGACGAUUUUGAAAGUAAUUGAUCAUAAUUCAAGAUGAAUACACCAAACUAACCGAUAGUACUCUAGGCACAAUAUUCAGCGAAUAUACUUUAUAUCGUGAGCUUGUUCUUUGCAAAAAUAUCUAUAGUAAUGUUCAUUUACGACUUCACACCUAUUGCAGCUGAGAGAAUAGUGACGAAAGUUCUUGGAUUCGUGAUUUCACUAUGGGCUAUUACUUCUAUUUUGGCCGUUGCCUUUCAGUGUCGGUCUUCAAAAGUAUGGGAUAGCAUAGCCGGUGAAUGUUCCAACCAAACAGCUUUCUGGAAUUAUAACGCAAUCGUUAAUAUUGUGACCGAUGCCAGUAUAAUCUUGCUUAUUACAUUCAUAGCAUUACACAUACAGACUACCUGGAGUAGGAAACUCACAUUGAUAUGGAUCUUUGGUACUCGUAUCUCUGUCAUUGCUGCUGUAUCCUUUCAGUUAUUCUAUUCGAACAAAAGGAUAGAGGAUCCAACUUUUGACCCCUGGCGAACAACAAUCUGCAACCAGGUCGUGCAGUGCCUGAGUAUCAUCACAGCAUGUGCUCCAUACUUGAAGAUUUUUCUCGAUAGUUUAGGAUCGGGAAUGUUAAGGUCAGAUGACUUACGUCGACGGAAUGGCAGAGUGGUAGAAGAUCAUCGCGGCUUCAAUCGCAACAUAUCUGAUUCCCGAGGAAUCAUAAAAUCAAAGACAGGAAAGAUGAUUGGCCAGAAAUUAGGCUUUACCAGUCGGGGCAAACUAGAGAGCCAGAAACUGUCUGAAUUUGCGCCAGCCUGUUCAGCUGCUCAAUCAAAUGCCGUCAUAGUGAUUGAUGAAGGAAAUUUAUGGGAUGGACAGAGCGAAUCUAGUCAAUCUAGAAUCAUAACAAAACCCCGUGCUUGGAAAUUAGAUGUAAACUAGAUGUAAAUUAGUUGGAUAGAAGAAAGUCUCACGACACCAGUAUCAAUACUGGCAUAUUUGAAUUCA